GGCGGAAAUAAUAUUUUCAUCAGACGGCGGGCGGAGAAUUUUUUUUUUCUUUGUUAGAAACCAGACGGAAAUCGGAAUAAUAUAAGAACUUGAAAAUCUAGUAAAAAAGGAAAAAAAAAAAAAAAAACCCCGGAAAAUCCAAACCCCAGUUCGCUUUCUUUCUACGAUCAUCGAUUUUUCUUGUCAGAAGUCAGGAAUUUCUGUAGUACGAGCUCCUUCAAAGCCCUAUCAAACCAUUAAUUUUCCUUUUUUGGCUUCAAUCUCUUCUGGGGUUUUGAUAGAUUACUCGAUUAACAUCAACAGUACGAUCGUCUUCGCCGAUCGUCCUGUUCAAGAGGACCCGGUAUUGAUUCUUCUUCUUCUUCUUCUCUGAAUAAGGGUUUCUGUUCUGUUUUCGGUGCGAGAAAGAAGUGUUUCGCUAAAUCUGGUGUCUGGGCCUUGUUUUGUUUUAUUGUUCUUCGCUUCUUAUUAGAAUGAUACUGGAUUUUAGGGAAGAUGAUUAUUGGAACUAGGGUUUUGGGUUCACAUUUAAUGGUGGGCUCUGUUGAGCCGAUGAUGAUGGGGGAUUGCAUUGACAUGGAAGAAGACGAGGCUUCUUGCUAUCACAAGGAUAAUGGCGGUGAUAUUGACCCUGACAUUACUCUCUCUUACAUUGAUGAGAAGAUCGAGCGUUUUCUUGGUCACUUCCAAAAAGACUUUGAAGGUGGAGUUUCAGCUGAAAAGUUAGGGGCAAAGUAUGGUGGUUAUGGCUCAUUUUUGUCUGCAUAUGAACGCCCUUCUUCGAUUUUGCCGCACAACAUAAAUCAACAAAGAAACUGCAAUGCAGCACCAACUCCGGUUAAUGUGCCCUUGGAGGGUUCUUCUCAGAAUCCAAAAGCUCCACCACCUAAGAGACCAGAAACUUUUGUCUGCAAUACUAUUUCCUCUCAUAAUACGAGGGGAACUUCUGGCAGUAUCUCUGGGAGAGUAGAUUCAUGCUUGCCGGCUACUAAAGUUACUAAUAGUUGCCCUUCUAAAGGUGAAGCUUCAGGCAGAUCAAGCAGUCCAAUGAAUAGCGGAUUGCUUAAAUUCCGAAUCAAAGUUGGUUCUGACAGUACUGGAUUGAAAAAUGCAGCAAUAUACAGUGGCCUAGGACUUGAUGACUCUCCAUUGUCAUCGUCAGACAACAGCUCCGACUUAAGUGAAGGGAUGCUGCCCAUAUCUCAAAGCGCAUCUGAUGAGUCUCCAUCUAAGAUAAUUCAGGCAAUGACUUCUUUCCCAGUGCCUCAUGGAGCAUUGAUAUCACCUCUUCAUGAUAGCCUACUUGGGUUGCCAAGAAAGGAAAAACCUUUACCAUUACCCAAACCUGUGCUUUCUCUUGAGAAGAAAAAAGAUGGUUUGGCCAAGCUAGCCAAUGAGACAACUUCAAAGCAAAAUGACAGUACAUUGGUUAAGAAGAAGAAAAAGGAGGUGCUGCAUAGAGAAAGGCAGGUCAAUCAUAAGAAUGAAGUUUAUGCUUCUCGUGGGGAGGAGAAGACUACUCUAACACUUGUAAAUCGAAAAUUAGACACCGAGGCUUCUGAAAGCAAGGAUUUCCUGUCUAAUGAGUUGCAAUGCAAACCUGGUUCCGUUGGUUUGAAGUCCAGUGCUAACUUAGAUCCACAAAAGAAGAAGCUUUCUCGUAAAGCUACACUACACGAAACAGUUAAAGAUAAAACAUCAAUCAAGAAAGAAAAGCCUGAAAUUGUUGUCGAGAAGAAAUUGAAAGUGGUACAGACUGCUAGUGGGAAAAUAGCUGGUUCAUUUGAGGAAGGCUUCAAGAUUAGAAGUGAAGCAUCAAGAGGUAGAAAGGACACUGAUUCUGACACUCCUGAAUCUGAAAAUAGAAGGAACAGGUUAAAGCUUCACAGCAAUGAGAAAGUAGGAGCAAACAAUGCGGAUUCUUUUAACAGCUCAGGGUUAGAUGAAAACCGUAUCAGUAAGGAUGCAAUUGAGAGGGCCUCUGGCGAUUUGCGGAAGGCUAAAGGCCUAGAUAACAGUGGAAUCAAAAUGUCCAUAUCCUCGAGGGUGGUUGAACCAGCAGGGAUGGCUCCUAUGGAUGAAUGGGUAUGCUGUGACAUUUGCCAGCAAUGGCGCCUUCUGCCAUUUGGGACAAAACCAGAACAACUUCCUGAUAAAUGGUCGUGUAGCAUGCUAGAUUGGCUGCCUGGGAUGAACCGGUGUGACAUCAGUGAGCAGGAGACAACAGAAAAGCUUUAUGCUUUGUACCAGCUACCAUUGCCUGAGAGUGGAAGUGCUUUGCAGAACCAUGCCAAUGGACUAAUGUCAGCUGAUACUUCAAAUCAAGGAAAAAAGAAAGAAACUUUGAAAGAAAUACAAAAUCCAGUUAGCAGAGAUGGCCAGACUCAUGGCAAGAGUUCUCUGAACGACCAGCAGUUGGAGUCGAGGAAAAAUAGAAGUCUUAAUGGUUUGAGUAAUCCUCCAAGUAAAAUGAAAAAUUCUAUGGAUCAAUCUUCUAUUGACCUGAGCAAGUUGGCAGAGGGAAAGAACAAAGUUAAUUGCGACCAAUUGAAAAGGAAGAACAAGAGACCUGAAGACAUGCGCUCUGUUGAUAAUCAUCAAAACUUCAAUGUGGACCUUGGAAAAUUGGGUUGCAGUUCAAACUCUGGUUUGACAAAUAUGGAAGGUGGAGAAGGUAUGCUGAAGCAGGGUGACAUUGGCUUAAAGAAACACAACAAAUUGAACACGGAAAAUAGAAUGCAAAUUUCGUUGAAGAAACUGGGAGGAACAGCUGAGAUCUCCUCCGUUGUUAGGUCCUCUGUUAAUCAACUAAGUGGUAAAAGUGCCUGCACAAAGAAAAGGAAACUGAAUGAUUGGCAAGAUUAUCAAAAUUCUCCUAACAGUGGACUCCAUGAAUCUGUGCUUUUGAAGGAAGAAAAUUGUGAAAGGUUGAAGAAGAAAAAGAAGCUUGAUGUAUCGAGUGAUUUCACUGAUGGUACGGAAAAAAUCAGCAAGGAUAAGAAACCGAAAAUUCAAAAUAAGAAGGUUAUUGCCAUACAAACAUCAGUUGGUAAGGAGUUACCGAAGAGAAAUUUAGUUGCUCGACAAGUUUCAGGGGCAGCUAACUCUAGCUCUUCAAAUGUUUCUCAAGCUCAUUUAACUAAAGCCAAAUUUGGAGUGAAAGUAUCUCCUGCUGAAUCAGUUUCAUCAUCUCCCAUGCGGUCAUCUGGACUCGAUCAAUUUGGAGGAGAAAAAGAGGAGAUUACCUCUAAUAUUCAUUCUGACUCUCAUGCCCUCAACACCAACAGCAAAAAAAUCAAAGCUUCACCUGCAGUUCAACACCAUUUUGUUACUGCCGAUGCGAAUACUGUUAAGCAGCCUAAGUUGUGCAAUAAUUGUAUAGAUGAUAACAUGGAGCCCAGCCAAAAGAAACGUAAGAAAGAGAAGAUUCAUGUUGGUGCUGAAGGAUUGGAAACCCCUCAAAAUCUCAAGGGUCAUGAUGCUGAAGACCAGGGAUCAGAUGCUUUAUUUCAAUCAAAUAGAGCAGUCAGACUUCAGUCAAAGCGAAAUCAGGAUUUUGAAGCAGGAAAUGAAGGUGGUCUGAGAACAGUAGAAAAGAGGGAUGGAAAAUCAAUAUGCUCUUCUGGAGGCGAACGCAAAGAAGAACCAUCCCGUCCUGGUGGUGAUCCUUUACGAGUUCCUAUUAGAGUGGGAGAUCCUCAUCAGCUUAUUGCCAAUGCCCCCAGUAAUGAUGUGGUAGAGUCGAAGAAAACACCUGAUCUACAGGGAUCUAGAGAUGUUAAUGCUUCAAAUCUCAACAGAAUGAAAUCCUCGAAUCAGACUGUUUGUGAUACAUUGAAAGAAGCCAAGAAACUCAGAGACGAAGCAGAUCACUUGAAGAACUCUGGAUUCAUUUUUGAAAGUAACGAGCUUUACUUCCAAUCUGCUCUGAAGUAUCUACAUGGAGCAUACUUUCUAGAGACUCUUAAUAAUACGAGUGGCAAGCCUGGCGAUAUUUCUCCGAUACGAUUCUAUAACAUUACAGCUGAAUUGUGCGAGUCAUGUGCCCAUGAAUAUGAACGUCGCCAAGAAAUGGCUGCAGCAUCUUUGGCUUUUAAAUGUAUGGAAGUAGCUUACUUGAGGAUAGUUUACCAUAAACAUCCAAGCAUCAAUGGAGAUCGCCUCGAGAUGCACUCGGUGUUUCGUACAAUUGUGCAAGGCGAGUCUCCAUCUUCUUCUGCAUCAGAUGUCGACAACUUAAGCAAUUACGGAGCUAUGGAUAAGGCUACUUUCGAGAAAGGUAGUUCCCACGGUGUUCGAAGUCAGAUCUGGAAUGCUGGAACCUGCUCGAGUUUUGCUCGGGUCCUCAAUUUCGCGCAUGAUAUGAAUUCAGCCAUGGAGGCCUCAAAAAAUUCUCGAAACGCAUUUGUGGCAGCUAGUUCAUGUGCUAGUGAAGGAAAGCAUGUGGACUAUGUUGCAUCAGUUAAAAAAGUGAUUGAUUUCAGCUUCCAAGAUGUCGAGGAACUCGUACAGUUGGUUCGAGUUGCUACGCAGACGAUAACUCACUCGGGUUUUUGCAGUGGUAGAAAUUAGGUCAAACAUGUAAAUAGUUUAUUUUUCUUGGAUUAUUCUUCUUCCUUAAGGUGAUCAGUUGAGAAAAGCUAAGGCACUGAAACUGACUUCAACCUGAUGGAUAUUGGUUAGGAAAUAUUUAGGAUGUUGUUACACAGUUCCUUACUUACCAAUACUUCUGUACAAAGCGAGAUCAAUUAGGAAAUUCAAAAUGUAAUUUUUAAUUAUUCUUGAGCUGAGAAUUUUCCUUCCCCCCCUCCCGAGGGUCAUGUAAAGGCUUGAUAUCUUAGCUCCUAAAAGUGGAGCUCUAGUGAAAAAAAAAAAGGUUGCAGCCUUUUAGUUUUAGGCCAACCACAUUUUCAAGUGUUCAAAUAAUAACUUUCUAUUCAUUUGGCAACCAUAAUGAAGUAUUUAUCCAGUAAUUACAUUUAUAUA